UAAUCAAUUAUUCUUGAAACAAAUAGUUACAUACAUUUACAAAAUUUUGCGUCGCGAAAUAAAACUUGUAGACGUUAAUUAAUCUAAUAAUAAGUGUAUUCUUUGUAUUUUGAUUGUUGUAUCAACAAUUUUAAUUAAAAUGUUUGUUUGUAAUUCAUUAAACUUUCUUCGUAUUCAUAGUCGAAAGUUGCUUAAUUCAAUUCCUGUACGAACAUAUGCUAAUUCAGCAGGGAUUGUAAAAUCGCAAUGUGCAAUUGUGUUUCCAGGUCAAGGCGCACAAUAUGUUGGAAUGGGAAAAGAUCUUUACGAGAACUUUGCUUCGGCACGUCAUGUUUUUGAUGAGGCCAAUGAAGUAUUAGGCUUUAAUUUAAAAGGAUUAAUAUUUAACGGAACGCAGAGCCAAUUAAUACAAACAGAAAACACGCAACCCGCAAUAUUAACAACAUCUGUAGCAAUUCUUCGUAUAUUAGAAAGUGAAUAUGGCUUUAAUAUCGAAUCCGCUUGCACUUUUGCACUCGGUCAUUCGUUAGGAGAGUAUACAGCUCUCGUAGCUACAAAAGCAUUAUCUUUGCAUGAUGCUAUCAAGCUCGUAAGAUUACGUGGAGAAUCCAUGACAAAAACGGUUUCACAAUUAAAAGUAAAAACAGCAAUGUCAGCAUUGAUUGUACGACAAGAGAAUUUAGCAGAAAUAGAAGAAUCAAUAAAAGGAAUAAAUUCAUCUUUGCCUGAGGGUGAAUUAGUAGAAUUGGCUAAUGUUAAUAGUUCAUUUCAGGCUGUAAUAAGUGGAACUAGUAACGCUGUCGAUUUUGCAUCAGGAGUUUUACAAUCUAAUCAUCUCGCAGCAAGAGCCUUGGAUCUUCCAGUUUCUGCACCGUUCCAUUGUAAAUUAAUGCAACCAGCCGCAGAUAUGAUGAGAGCGUCACUAAAAAAUAUAAAAUUCAAUACUCCAACCAUCGAUGUCAUAACGAAUGUGACGGCUACUCCAAUAAAAUCUAGUACUGAGAUACCCCAAUUGUUAGAAAAACAAGUGACUGCAACUGUACAAUGGCAAAAAAGCAUAAAGUAUUGUAAAGAAAGAGAUAUAAAUACUUUUAUUGUUAUUGGCCCCGCUAGAGUUUUGGCUAAUUUAUUAAGGAAAGAAUAUCCAUUGGAUCGUAUUAGACCUCUUACUACUGUGAAAGAUAUACAACUUCAUUCGGAAGAAUUGAAAAUCAAGCAGCUGAACACUUUAUAACUUAGAUAUUCAUUAAAUAUUAUUUUGUAGUUUCUAAUUUUUAAAUAAAUAAAAUUAUAAUUUAUUUUUUUCUUUGGAA